AUGGCUGACGGGGGACGGACAGAGAGAGUGUAUUGUUACUCUCUUCAAAAGCAUGGUCGCCGUGUUGAUCAUUGCUUUGGAAAGGGUGGUGGUGAGCUCGGCGGAGGAGACGGAGGUGCUGCAUGUAACGGUGGAGGUGUUGAAGGUGGAGUUGGUAGAGGAGGUGGAGGUGGUGUCGAGGUUGUUGGUUGUGUUGGAGGAGAUGUUAGAGUCGGCGUUGAUGGUGGUGGGGUUGGUGUUGGAGGUGGUGCAAGGGGAGAUGUUGGAGUUGGAGGGGGUGUUGGAGUUGGUGGCGGUGUAGGAGGUGGCAGCGGAGGAAAAGGAGGUGGGGGUAGUGGAGAAGGACAUGGUGGAAGGGGUGGAAGCGAUGGUGGCGGAGGUGGUGGGGGUAAUGGAGAUAAACAUGGUGGAGGUAGUUGUGGGGGUAGUGGAGGAGGACAUGAUGGAGUUGGUGGCGGUAUAGGAGGUGGUGGCAGUGAAGGAGGUGGUAAGUGUAGUGAAGAAGGACAAGGUAGAGGUGGUGGAGGGAGUAAUGGAGGAGGACAUGGUAGAGGUGGUGGCAAGAGUAGUGGAGGAGGUCAUGGUGGAGUUGGUGGUGGUGCAGGAGGUGGUGGGAGUAGUGGAGAACAUGGUAGAGGUGGUGGUAAGGGUAGUGGAGGAGGACAUGGUGGAGUUGGUGGCGGUGCAGUAAGUGGUGCGAGUAGUGGAGGAGGACAUGGUGGCGGCGGUGGCAAUGUAGGAGGUGGUGUAUGUGGUGGGAAUGGUGGCGGUGCAGGAGGUGGUGGAGAAGGUGGUGAGGGUAAUGGAGGUGGAGGUUGUGGACAUGGGAGAGGUGGUGUUGAAGUUGAUGACGGUGAAGGAGGAGGAAUUGAGGCAAGUGAUGGUGGAGGAAAAGGUAGUGAAAGUGGUAAUGCAAGCGUUGGCGGAAGAAGAGGUGUGAAAGCUAUAACCAACGGCUGA